UGGGGGGGCGGGGAAGCGGGAAAAGCCGCGAUUUCGGGAGCUGAGCGGGCGAGCAAGCACGGAAAGGCUAAGCUACCAAGCCAGGCGGCGGUGGCGGCACCGCCCUCUUAGUUGAAAGAGCCCGGCGGGUCUGCCGCUUGCACUUUUCCAGGCGGAGGAGCGCGCCCGCCCGCGCGCUACGCUCAGGUGAGCGUCCAUCGCAGGUGGGAAGCGGGCAAGCCAUGGAGCUCGACCCGCCUCAGCUGCCUCAGGCGCCGCCGGCGCCGCCCUACUUCUACGACCACUACGAGUCGCCCGGCGACGACUUCCACCGCUCGAGUGCGCCCAGCGAGGACAUCUGGAAGAAGUUCGAGCUGCUGCCCAGUCCGCCGGCCUCGCCGCUGGCGCCGGGCCCCGCCGAGGAUGCGGCCGCCGACUACCUGCUGGAGCCCGGCCGGCUGCUGGGCAACCUGAGCGCCUUCGUCCUCCGCGACUGCAUGUGGAGCGGCUUCUCGGCCCGCGAGCGCCUGGAGAAAGCCAUGGGCGAGAAGCUGACCGCCAAGCCGCCAGCACAGGGCCCGCCAGCCGCCGCCGCCCCUAUCGCCGCCCAAGCGCCGCACGACGCAGCGCUGGGCGGGCAGUGCGUGGCCCCCGGCGCCGUCUUCACCUGGCCCGCCGACUGCAAGCUCCCGGCCUCCUCCGGCUCCGAGAGCCAAAGCGAAUCGGAAGGGGAAGAAAUUGACGUGGUGACGGUUGAGAAGAGGCAGUCGCUGGGUGUGAGGAAGCCGGUCACCAUCACUGUGCGGGCUGACCCCUUGGACCCUUGCAUGAAACGUUUCCAUAUAUCCAUCCACCAGCAGCAGCACAAUUAUGCAGCCCGCUCACCACCCGAGGCUUGCUCCUGCACGGCUGCCUUGGAGAAAAGCAGUCAAGAGGAGGAGGAGGAUGAGGAGGAUGAGGAGGAUGGUGCACAGUCCCUGAGGCAAAUGGCAGAGCCUUCCUCUCUUGAACCUUGCCUCCUGAAAUCUGGGAGCGCUCCCAGUUCGGACAGUGAAGAUGUGACCAAGCGGAAAAACCACAACUACUUGGAGCGCAAGCGGCGCAACGACCUCCGCUCGCGUUUCCUGGCGCUGAGGGACCAGGUCCCUGGUCUCGCCACCUGCCCCAAAACCCCUAAAGUGGUGGUGUUGAGCAAAGCUUCAGAGUAUCUGCAGUCACUACUCAAAGCAGAGCAGCAGAUGGUUGCUGAGAAGAAGCUGCUAAAAUUGCAUCAGCUUCAGCUGUUGAAACGGAUUUCAUACCUCAAGAGUGCGCAUUAGCUGCCAGGAACUCCAAACUGCUUGCCAGUCUGAUCUCUGCACUUUUUUUUGGGGGGGGGGGACCAAACAAAAACAAAUUGGUUUGUUGACUUGCAGAUCCCAGAAUGCAAUGCAGCUGGUGCACACAAAUGGGGGCUUGCAUUCCAUACACUAUUUUCCACCCUGGUCUUCUCUCUUAGCCACUUAUGGGUGCUGGAGAAUCUCCUAAGUUGUGCAGGAGUGAUGGUGAUCAGGGCAGUGGAGUUGAGCGGGGGGGGGGGGGUAGCUACUCAGACUUCAGCUUCUACAGCAAAAUGCUGACUUCUGCACAGGCUGAAUGAGCCUCCAUUCCGGUUGGGAUCACCAGAAGCCUGAGUGCUUCUCUGGAAAAGCAUCUUGUGGAAUACUUCACAAUACUUUCUGACAGAGGGGCCUGAGUCAACAUUUCUAAAGCUGGGGCAAAGAUGGACCCUGCAGUUGUCUCUCCCGAGAGGCUUCUUCUGUUUCCCCCAGUCAAAGUUGGAUUGUAAACACUGGCUAUGGAUAGUUCUACAUACCCUCUUUUCUCCCCAGGCUCUGCUUCUUGCCACUGGCAUUUAAGAAGACAGAUAUCUUGUGCAAUUUGUUUUGUUUUUUUUACAAUGGUCCUACGCAAUAGACUUUUCUCCACCCCCAAGCACACUCCCCCGCCCUAUUUUCCGAUGUUGUUUAGGAUUGACAGCUCUCUUCCCUUCUUGGAAUUUAUUAUGGGAAUUUUUAAAUGUCGCCGCCACUUAUGUCCUGGCUAGGGCUUAUGGGAGUUGUAGUCCAAAACAUUUGGAGGGUACCAGGUGGAGAAUGUCACAUUAUAUUAUUUCACAGCUGACACUUGAAGACAGCUUAAAUCUGGCUUUUCUUGAGAUCUACAGCUAGACAACCCCUCAGGCUGAGAUCAGUGCCUUUCACACUUGCGGUGGAAAAAAAUGUUGGGCAGAUCUACACCAUACACUUAAAGCAGAUGACUUCCCUCACCCAAUCCCCAAAGAAUCCUGGCAUCUGUAGUUUCUCACAGAGCCGGAAUUCCCAGCACCUUCAACAAACUAAAUUUCCAAGGUUCUUUGGUUGAAAACACGUGCUUUAAAAUGUAUGGUGUGAUUCUGCCCUUAAUGACAUCAGCAAAAAAGACCCCAAAGUGGAUUGAUUUCAAUGGGAUUAAUUCAGGUGAACUUCUAAUCAGUUGUGUCCAGUGAUGAGACCUGACUGCUGUCUUCCUGUGUCAACCUUGAAUCUGCCACUCAGGUAAUUCCUCUAUCUGAGAUGGAGGGAUGCAGAACCUUCUCUCGAACUGUUAGAGGCUUGAUGUGUGCAUUUAAGACAUUCUCUCCCCCCCCAACUGCUCCUUCACUGGAAAUGCACUGAGAUCACCUUGGAUUUCAUUUACCUCAUACUUAUUUUUCCACUUGGGCAAUGCAGCUGCUUAUCUUUGGUUUUGUAUAUCCUGGAAUCCAUUGUUGUGACUGCCUGAUUCUUUAUACUGGGUGGCUUUUUUUUAAAAGAUAUACUAUUUUUAUACUUUUUUUAGAAAUUAUUUUGUAAAAUACUUGUUCUCUUUUUCCUCCCAGCUUUUCAAAGAUAAAACAGUGGGUAGAGGGCUCUCAGUACUGCUUUUGUAGAUGAGAUUGUUCAAACUGAGAUUCAGCAGAAAAAAGUACUUCUGUUUUGACUAGAAAACGAUUUCCUAAGUCAGGGGUCUGGUCCCAAGUUUCAAGCACCAAUAAUGAGACUAUUAGACAUCUUAAGGGUGUUUUGGUAGAGUGGGUGGGUAAGGGAGUCCCUAGAUGGGAACCUAGUAAUUUCAACUGCCCCCUAUAGAGAAGUUUUCUAAUGAAGGUGUCCUGCUGAUUCUUAAGACUAAGAGAAGCCUUUCCCCCUCCACCUUCCCUUUCUCUGGAAAUAAAAGGGCUGCAUGAAUAUAUUUUGGGGAAAAUGUGCAGUGUGGUGUUAAUUGAUGUUUACUCACAGCUAGGUUCCACCCAUGCAUAAAGAGAAAGCAAUGAUAAUGUGGUGAUGGCGUUUUUUGCUCUGGUUUUGCCAGGUCCUUAACAGCUUUUGUUGAGCUGGCUGGGGCUACCCCUCUCUCCCUCCUUCCCUUUUAUGCAGAUCCCUCCCACCCAUCCUCCUUUGUCUCUUGGGUAGGGAGAGGCCAGAGCUGGAGGUGAUGGAUGACCCUUUAUCUUGGCUUGCACACAGUUUGGUGGGCGCAGGCUGGUCUCCCACAAUGCAUUGGGGGCUCCUUCAGGCGUUCCUUGACUGGCCCGCUAGAGCCUCAACUGCUGGGUGGUCAGACUUAGCACUUUCUUUGUUACCUCGCACUUCUUAAAUAAACGGAAUCUCAAAAAAGACAGGCUGAGUCUGUUUUUCCCCCCUCCCUUUUUGAGCCAAGGAAUACCCGGUAGAUGAGACCCUUAUCUGCAAAGAUACAUCAGUCUUAGUGUUUGUAAUUUAGUUGAAUGCAUGUUUGUUUAGUUAUGUAGAGGAAGGGAACAAGAGAAAGUUUGGACAAUAUCCUGGAAAAAGAGAACCAGGGGAGCAUAGUUCUGGCAUGUGUUCCAAAGGAAGAGCAUGGGAAACGGAGUAGUAGAAGAGCUGUCACAGCCCGCAGCUGAAUCAACCCAUCCACAUGCAGCUAAUAAAAGUGUGUGUAGGCAGGAAUUCUUGAUGUGUGGUGAUUCUUUUAUGUUUAUAUAGGACCUGGGGGGAUUUUACAGUAUUCUAUAAGCUUAUGAUGAUCUUGGGAUAAGAAAAAGACAUUAAUGAAAGACAGUAUUUCAGCAGCAGUAGUAGAAAAUUAAAAAAGCUCUGUAUUUGAGGUGAAUAACUGUAUUUGCACAUCAUCUUUCCUCUGCUAGGAGAUGGACCAGGCCCUCUCUGAAGCACUAAGCCCACCUUCUCACCUGACUGAAAUUCCUGCCCCUGCUUUCAUUCCCUUCUUAUUGACUGCACAUUUCUAUGUUCACCAGUGUAGCUGAAAGAUCUUCUUUUUUUGUAGGAAUUAAUGCACCCUAAAUCUUUUGGCCUCCUUAGAGUUGGAUCCAGUUCUCUGCAGCAAGCAUUCCUUUCUGUGUCUGCCUGCUACUGGGAGCCAUCAAAAGUGGAGGCAAGAUAUCCGUAGAGCCCCUCAGGAAUCCUGGCAAAACAGACUUCCUGCCUCGGUAGCAGGUUGGGCUAGAUGAACUUUGGGGUGCUUUCAGCUCUGAUUCUGUCAGAGCCAUCCUGGUUCUGCUUAGCUCAACUACCUCUAAUAAAGAAAAACCCAUCACUAUCAGAGGCAGGCUCUUUCACGGAGAAUCAGUUUGCACCAUUAGGAAGUUCAUCCUUGUGUCUAGUCUAUACAGCAUUUCUCUACCAGUUCAGGUCCUAUCCUUGGAACCAACAGAUGGUGACAAUUUGUUUCUAUAUGACAGCCACCUUAACAGUUUUGAAAGGCUCUCCUGUCACAUCUUUUCUUCAGACUUCACCUACCCACUUCCUUCAACAUUUCCUCACAGGACUGUCUCCAGGCCUCUCACCAUCUUUGUUGAUAUUCUCUGGACACAUUUCACUUUGCUGAUAUCCUCAAACCAUUGUGUCCAGACAGAAAGCAGAAAAGAGUGCUAGCCAGGUGACCCGGAAUCAUAGCAGUCUUUAAAUAGCUGUUCUUGCAUAGAAAAUAUGGUAAGAUAAGAGGACUUUUACUUGAGGGGGUGCUUUUAAACAAGGCAAAUGGGCCUAAGAACAUUUGGGUUUUACUCAUAUCUCAUCACAAUGCAUUAAAAAGCAAGUUUUCUUACCCUCAUUCUGAGAAGUUUUAGAACAAGCUGAACGGGUUGCACUUCUAGGAACAGCAGCGAUAUCAGUGUGUUGUACUAAAGGAAAAUCCUCUCCACGUAUGUAAUUUGAGAAUGGACCUGUCUAGGAUUGAGCAUUCCAAUCUGAGGUGCCAGGAUGAAAGCCUCUUUGGGCUGUAACCCACUAAGUCCUCUGUAGAGUAGAUUAUUAUUAUUAUUUUAUUAUUAUUUAUACCCUGCCCAUCUGGCUGGGUUCCCCCAGCCACUCUGGGUGACUUCCAACAAAAUAUUAAAAUACAAAAAUCCAUGCCUGGCUCAUUAAGCCACACCCCUGCCCUCUCCUGGCAUUUGGCCCUCAAUCCUGAGGGAAGGUGGCCCUUGGCAUAAAAACAUUGCCUACCCUUGGCAGUAGACGAUGACUAAGCACUUUAGGAAAAUCAAAGCAUGAAUCCUACACAAGCAGAUGGGAAAAGGUUUCUCUUUUAUCGGGAUUAAGGAGAGGUUGGGGCAUGUCUGAGUCCUAUUGCAAAACCAGGUAUGUAGGUCAGGUGCCUCAGGACUUCAGUAGCUCUGUGGCGUCUAAAAAUAGGCACUGCUGAUGAAAUAGAAAUAAGUGCUUUACAAUUCUGUUUGCUCAGUGUGAGGUAGAUUACCGAUAUUCCCAUUUUACAGAUGGGGUAUUGGGUAGGAGGUUGUGAUUUACCUGAGCCUCCCAGUGGCAGAGCUAGAAUUUGGGUCAAGGUCCAAAACAAAAUGAAAUAGUCUUAUUAAUGAAGACUGACAAUUCAUUUUUCAAUGGCACAAUAAAUGUUCAUGCUAGUGACUGCUAACUAUAAAUUAUCUCAAUAGCAUGAAUUGCACCUUGGGACCUAUGAAGUACAAAGAUGCCUUGCACCUUGUUGGCUCUGGUUAGCAGCAGCUCAUAAACUGAACAUGCUGGGAACUGAACCUGAGACCUGCAUGUAAACCACAUGUAUCACUGAGCAAAAGAACCUUAAACAUCCAGCUCUUUUGUCAUUCCAUGGGCUUGUGUGGGUUUUCAGCUUGGGCAAAUCAUACUCUAUAGGAAGAAGAGAGCAACAGGAUUCUCAUGAAAUGAAGUGGAGCUUUAUUUGCAGGGUUUCUUCCUGCCUUUACAUGCCAAAGUGGAGCACUUAAGGCUGUCAAAUGUGAUGAAAUAAAACCACACCUCUACUCGUAACCAAAAACAGCAUCAUAAUUCCAAAGGGAGGAAACUAUAGGUGUGUGGCCCUGCCAGGAUCCUACCUAGCAGUCUUCACAUGACAGCAGAACAGCAUCCAGGGUGGUAGUGUUGGAUGUUGGAAGAAAGAAGACACCUCUUUGUGGCAGGGAGGAAGAAAAUGGCUUUACAUUGAUCAGCCAUUGGUAGGUGAUCUAGCCAGGUGGUGGUCCUUCUGACUGGCAGCAGCUUCCUAAACUCUGGGGAAGAGGCAGGCUGGUGUUAAAAGUGUCAGACAUGGUUAGACACCCACCAUUGUCAUGACCCCCCUUUGCCAUUGUAACCAGCUUUUUUACCUGCCUCUUGCUCUAACCCAGAAGGGAUGCGCAAGCAAAUGGGAGUGAUGGUGAGGAAGAGGAGCUGCCAAUACUUGCUUGCUCAUUGAUUCUGGCAAGACAGCAAGCAGAUUAAAAGCAUGUAUGCGGCAAAUGCCACAAUGGCGAGGGGUGGUGGAAGGAUCCUUCCCAAGGGCCUCCCCAAACCUGGAGCCACCACUGGACACUGAAAGCUCGCUUAUACCAAGCUGUGCCAUUGAAUUCAGUGUUGUCUACACAGUGGCCAGCCAGAUGUUCCAAUGAUGUUGGGGAUGGUUGAUAAAGUCUGGAAGGCUCCAGCCUUCCUACCCUUGGUCAACACUGACUAGUAGCAAUCUCCAGGGUUUCAGAAGGGACAUUCUCAGCCCUACCUGGAGAUGUUGGGUACUGAAACUGGGAUCUUCUGCAUGCAAAACAGGUAGCCUACCACUGAUAUAUAGUAAUUUUUUUCAGUCCAGGUACCUGCCUUCCUAAAGUUUAACUGGACACACCAGUGAGGAUUGAACCUGGGAACUUUUGUGUGCCAAACCUAUGCUCUACAAGGUAGUCUUUGAACCUUUUUUGUUUUGACUUCAAAGUGUAACCGGACCAGAAGCCCAUUUUUAAAAAAAUCUAGCACAGAUCUUCCUUAUAAUACUAUCCCAAACAUACUGCAUGUGUAGGCAUAUACACAUAAACAAAGAAAGCCUGGUUCAGAGUCUUCCUCUAUAACAUCUUGAAUGAUUUUUCAGAAAGCAUUGUUACUUAUUUUCAGACAGCAGUGUUAUUUAUUUAUUUUGGACACAUGGGUGAGUAAAACUUCAUGCAUUUUUCAUAUCGCCUUGGAUAAAGGGUGACGGGGAGGUGGGUUCGUGUCUGGGUUAGUAAAUUAUUGUGUCAGUUUGGCUGAGGCUGCUCUAAUCCCAUCUCUGCCAAUGAGCUCUCCUGCUUCUGAAAAGGGAUCCCUGCUCUCCCUCUGUUGCCAUGGCAAGAGAUGUGUGUUGCUAGGAGAAGAGCAGUCGCCUCCUCCUCUGUUGUCAUGGCAGAAAAUCACAGAACCCCUUCUGUUACCCUGACGAUAGCCUCCAUCACCCUGGCAACUGUCUCCCUAUCCUUUUUUUCCUUCCUGACUCUGUUGCUACAGUAACAAUUCCUUUCUCCCUGUCUUUGGUCACAAGUUCAUCUCUUUAUGCUUCUGCAGAGCUGCUGCUUCCCACCCAGUUACCAGUGUUAGAUCCCCUACCUUCCAAUAUGGUUGCUAUGGUAAUAUUCCCUCCCUCAACCUUCAUUUUCAUCACCUUGCAUGUGGCUAUAAUCCCCAUCAGCCCUCAUCAUAGACAGAUGUGAUUAAAAAGAACCUUUUGGGUUUAAUGCAGGGAUGGGAAGCCUUUUUUUCUUUUCUUUUUUAAUCAAUUUAUUUGAUUUACUGAUAUCUCACCUUUCCUUCAAGGAACUCAAUGCAUGAUUUCUCCCAUCCUCCAUUUUAUCCUCACAACAAACCUGUGAGGUAGGUUAGGCUGAAAGUGAGCGACUGUUCCAAUAUCAUGCAACAAGCUUCAUGGCUGAGUGGGGAUCCAAACUCUGGCCCCCCAGAUCACAGUCCAAGACUCUUAACGAUUAUCAAGGUUUCCCAAACUUUAGUCUCUAGCUCAGGCACCCCCAAACUGUGGCCCUCCAGAUGUUUUGGCCUACAACUCCCAUGAUCCUUAGCUAACAGGACC